CGCGGUCUGACAAGAAACGAGGCUGUGAGGGAUUUGUUUCCGGCAUGGGUUUCGAUGACGGUACGUUUGUCGAACGCUAAAUAACGCGGAAAACCUCGAAAUGCAUACCGCAGUAGUUAAGUCCGACCAUAGAAGUUGUUGGGCGUGCGGCCUAACUAAAUAUGGCGGAGAUACGAUCCCAUGGAAAAAGAAGAAGAACUAACCUUGAUGCGGCUGUUCAGGUAGUUUUUAAUUUAUUUUAAUUUCGUUUUAAUAUUGAGAUGACUGAACGAGAGGAAUAUGGAGGAAAACGUGCAACGCCAGAACGAACAAUUGAAUACUUCUGCAGUAAUUCCGCUCGAUGCAGCGAAUUUGACGAACAUGGAGGACGGCGGCGAGGCCCGUUUGACGGAGAGCGACGCCGGUUCCGGCAGCAGCAUCACGCCCGUCGACUCCGGUACGGCAACGGCCGAACCUGUGACGACGGUCCACUAUAUUUCGCCCGCGAGCACGGCGUCGGGACGCAGCGAGCGCGAGGGUGACUUCGUCGACUAUUAUUGGCCGUUUUACGCGCGUGACGGCGCCGAAAGGCGCCCGGUCGAGGGGCCGGACUCGUCUUCUUCAAGUAGCGUCGCGUCGUGCGCGGAACACGGCCUGCAACGCACUCUGGCCAUCGUGAAACCGGAAGCUUUCCAGUUCAGGGACGUGGUGCUGCGCGCCGUUCGCGAGAGCAGCUUGAAAAUCGUCAACGAGAGGGUGGUGCGUUUGACGCCCGAGCAGGUCUCGGAGGUGUACGAGAAGUACUACGGUACCCCCGCGUUUCCGCAUCUCGUGGUGAGCGCGAGUCUGUCGCCGGUGUUGGUGCUCUCGCUGCAGGGGAUCGGCGCGGUCGAUGAGUGGGAGCGCGUGAUCGGGCCUCGCGGGCCGCUGAGGGCCGAGUGGUUCCUGCCGGCGGCCCCGGACCCGCGAACCGCGCGCAGGGAGAACCGCUACUUUUUCCCGCGAGGUGAGAAACGAGACGUAGCGAAUUUCUGGAAAACGCAUCCAAAAUCUGGGUUUUUCAAUAUCUUUUUCCUAUAAAAAAAAUCGUCCCGGUGAUGUGUUGGAGCCGUUGCCCAGGGAACCCCGUACAGUCGGCGACUACGUUUCGACUAGAGUCGGACCCAUUCUGCUCGAAGGACUGACCGAGAUCGUCCGGGCGAAGCCACUCGAUCCAGUGGUGGC